AUGUCUCGUCUUCAUUAUGACCCCGAGUUCUAUGAACUAGGUGCUUCCAAGAUUGAAGCGCAGAAACACGUCUUCCCGGUUGGUGACGUGGAAAGUAGAAGAAAACAAAUUGAGGAUUUCAUCCGGGGCCCAGGUGGUCAACAGCAACUGCUCGACAACGUCGAAAUGCUGCUCCAUGAUGCUGAAGCCUCGGACGGGUUCAAAGUAAAGAUUCUGCACUUCCGACAAAAAGACAGUCUUGGUAAACAGCACGGACCUGGCAUCGUGCAUGUUCAUGGAGGGGGUACACGGGCUCCAGUGCGAGUGACUAUUCCUCAACACUGGCAGCCUAUGUCUCUGCCACGGGUGUCCCCAUGCUUUCAGUUGACUCGCUCCCGAACACCCGUUUCCCGUACCGCUGGAGGACUGCUGGUCUGCUUUGCUACACGUCCAAACAAAUGCUGCUUCACUCGGCCUUGA